AUGGGAAAGACCAGAAUCGGUGAUCGUCUCUCCAAGAACACGACCGGAGAAGCUCCCGACGAGAAGAAGAACAGAAGUGCAGAGCUUGAAGAGUUCAAUGCAAAGUUUGAUGAAUUCACCAAGCAAUUCAAGCCCCUCGUAACCGUCCUGAAGAACCAUCAUGCACAACUCCAAAAACUCCAAAAGACUCAAGGAGAUGUGACAACGGAGUUGGCAAAGUGGAUCGAAAAGAGUCCCAUCGAGAACGCUGAAAACAAUCCAGCGAAUGUGCAAGUGGCACUGGGAAAGCUCGACAAUAUCUACUCGGACAAGUACCAACGAGAGGUCAUUGAGUACGUUCGUGAGUGGGAGCUUGUAAUCAAGACCCGUGUCGAAGCUAGCUGUAAGCAAGCCAAAGAAAUGAAGCAGGAUCUCAGCCACUACGAGAAGAAGACAGAGUCCUUGAGCAAGGGCCACGAGGCCGCCGUGGCGAAGGAGAAGACUCCUAGUCCCAAAGAUGUGGAGCGUCUCAAGCGCAAUGAAGAAAAGCUGUCCCUGGCCAGGGACAGCUACGAGGCUCAUGCAACUCGCUUGGUCGAACUCAUCGAGCAGGUUGUGGACAAUGCCUGGAAGGAUCUUCUGCCUCUCCUGCUUCGCAUGAUUCGAAUGGAUACGGACAAGAUCACUGAUCACAAUGAAAUCAUCGAGUCCAGCAACGUGAUGCAGAACCUCAAGAAUCUGGCGGAAGAAUAUAAGAUUGACCUUACUACGCCACCUCCUGGGGCUGCGGAGAAAACUGUAGUAGCUGCGGAUCCGAAGAAAGUGGUCCCUCUGAAGCAGUAA